GCACACAGCACCGACUGAGAGGUUUAGAGAGCGUCAAAACCAUACUACCACUUCUGCCACAGAAGCUAAGUCAAUACAGACUUCCGAGCCUGAAGAUGCCGCUUUCAACCAGCUCCACAUCCUCCACAAAGAGCGUCCGCAGAGCAGCGUCCGAGCUGGAGAGAUCUGAUUCCAUCACGUCUCCAAGAUUCGUCGGUAGACGGCAGAGCUUGAUCGAGGACGCGCGCAAGGAGAGGGAAGCAGCUGCUGCAGCGGCAGGGGCUGCAGAGGCCAGUGAACAGAUAGUGUUUGAGGAGGACGAUGGAAAAGCACUCCUCAACAUUUUCUUUACUUUAAAAAACUCCAAGCCACCUGCGCUGUCGCGGACACUCAAGGUUUUUGAGACAUUUGAAGCUAAGAUUCACCAUCUGGAGACGCGACCAUGCCGGAAGGUCAAAGACACCCUUGAGGGCCUGGAGUACUUUGUCCGCUGUGAGGUGCACCUCUCAGAUGUCAGUACCCUGAUCAGCUCCAUAAAGAGGAACGCAGAGGAUGUCAAAACCACUAAAGAAGUCAAAUUCCACUGGUUCCCAAAGAAAAUUGCAGAUUUGGAUAGGUGUCAUCAUCUGGUCACCAAAUUUGAUCCAGACUUAGACCAUGACCAUCCAGGCUACACAGAUCCUGCCUACAGACAGAGGAGGAGAAUGAUUGGUGACAUUGCCUUCAGAUACAGAUAUGGGCACUCGAUCCCCAGAGUGGAAUACACAGAGGCGGAGAUUGGCACAUGGCGAGAAGUAUAUUCAACCCUGAGGGACUUGUACACCACCCAUGCCUGCAGUGAAUACCUUGAGGCUUUUUGUCUCCUAGAAAGGCAUUGUGGGUACAGCCCAGACAACAUUCCCCAGCUGGAAGAUGUGUCACGCUUCCUCAAAGAGCGCACAGGAUUUGCGCUGCGUCCAGUGGCGGGCCUGCUCUCAGCCAGAGAUUUUCUGGCCAGUUUGGCAUUCCGAGUGUUCCAGUGCACCCAGUACAUCCGACACGCUUCCUCCCCCAUGCAUUCCCCAGAACCUGACUGCGUCCAUGAAUUACUGGGCCACGUACCCAUGCUGGCUGAUCGCACUUUUGCCCAGUUUUCACAGAACCUUGGUUUGGCUUCACUGGGGGCGUCGGAUGAAGAUAUUGAGAAACUGUCCACACUGUACUGGUUCACGGUCGAGUAUGGCUUAUGUAAACAAAAUGGUGAGGUGAGGGCUUAUGGAGCUGGGCUGCUUUCCUCUUAUGGUGAACUUGUGCACUCUCUGUCUGAUGAACCAGAGACAAGAGAGUUUGAUCCAGAGGCUGCAGCAGUGCAGCCCUAUCAAGACCAGACAUACCAGCCUGUUUACUUUAUUUCUGAGAGUUUUUCAGAUGCCAAGGAGAAAUUCAGUUUUAUCUCCCCUUCACUGUCAGGCACCUUUGACCCCAGUGCCUGCAUCUACGCAGUCUGA